AUGUUUAAUGGAAACAAUAUGAGCACGAAACCGUACAGCCAAGUUCCUCUCGAUGAGUUCAGUGAUGACAGCAGCAAUGGGGGAGAUGACUUUGUCACCAGAAGCAUUCAGAACCAAAAGCUCCAAAUGCAAAAGCAGGAUCAAGGCCUGGAAAUGUUGAGCCAAUCGGCAAUACGCCUUGGAGAAAUGUCCAUGAAUAUUCAUGAUGAACUCAACCAACAAAACCAAAUGCUGGAUGAAAUGGAUAACGACUUGGAAACUGCAGGGGAGAAUCUUGACAUGAUUACACGAAAAACAAAGGAACUAAUAGAAAAAUCGGGCGGCAAGGGAAACUGCAUGCUGAUAUUGUGCCUCACCUUGACGGCGGUGGUUUUGUUCCUCCUGAUCCUUUACACCUAA